AUGUGCUACGACCGCUACGUUGCCAUCUGCAAACCCCUGCACUACGGGACCCUCCUGGGCAGCAGAGCUUGUGCCCACAUGGCAGCAGCUGCCUGGGCCACUGGCUUUCUCAAUGCUCUGCUGCACACAGCCAAUACAUUUUCCCUGCCCCUGUGCCAGGGCAAUGCUCUGGGCCAGUUCUUCUGUGAACUCCCACACAUCCUCAAGCUCUCCUGCUCACACUCAGGCUACCUCAGGGAAAUUGGGCUCAUUGGGGUUAGUGCCUGUUUAGUGUUUGGUUGUUUUGUUUUCAUUGUUUUCUCCUAUGUGCAGAUCUUCAGGGCUGUGCUGAGGAUCCCCUCUCAGCAGGGACGGCACAAAGCCUUUUCCACGUGCCUCCCUCACCUGGCCGUGCUCUCCCUGUUCCUCAGCACUGCUGCAUUUGGCUACCUGAAGCCCCCCUCCAUCUCCUCCCCAUCCCUGGAUCUGGCCCUAUCAGUUCUGUACUCAGUGGUUCCUCCAGCACUGAACCCCCUCAUCUACAGCCUCAGGAACCAGGAGCUCAAGGAUGCCCUGAGGAAAAUGAUGACUGGAUGCUUUUCAGGAGCAAUAAAGUUCCUGUUUUCUGGUUCAUAG